AUGUCUUCCUUAUACUGGCCACUGUUGUUCCUCGGAAUUGUGGUUCUCACCAGUCCAGCUUUUGCUGAAUUCCGCAAGCCACUAGCUCCUCUUUACAAGCCACCUACACCUGUUCACACGCCUCCUAAAGUAGAGAAGCCAAAACCACCAAUUCUACCUCCUAGAAUAGUGAGACCACCACCACCAAAGGUGAAGCCACUUCCUCCUAUAGUAGUGAGACCACCACCACUGCACAAGCCACCACCUCCAUAUGGACACUACCCAGCACACCCUCCAUUGGAAAAUGAGGAAAUCCCAUACAAGCCGCCCCAAAAAGUGACACCUCCUCCGAAUCCGAAACCAUAUAAAAAGCCACCUCCCCCACACUACAAGCCACCACACAAGCCCCCAUCACCGUUCUAA